AUGACCUCGUUUGAGAAGCGGUUAAGCGGCUCAUGUCACCGCCUCGGCACGCGACGGCGCCAUAAACGCUCCGGAAAAGUCUCCUACAAACACAUUCCUCACAGCGAAAAGCCGCCACAUUUGGUUGCCAAGAGAAACGCACGUGAGCGCCGGCGCGUGGAGACUGUAAACAACGCGUUUGUUCGUCUGCGCCGACACGUGCCAAUUGAGGCGAAAAACAAGCGUCUGUCAAAAGUCAAAACUCUAAGAUACGCAAUCGAUUACAUAAAGCAGUUGACGAUCAUGAUUAAGGAGCACGAUAAGCAGUACGGGUCUCCUUGCUUACACUUUGGACGCUCGGUUUCCAUAGAAACGAUAGAUAUGCAGCAGGAACUCAGACGACCCGUGUACUUCUCCCGCGAAUACUCCGGGGACGCCACUUCCGGAGGGCCUUGGUACCAGUCCGGUUGA